AUGCUCAUCGUGCUGUCCGUUCUGUGCUAUGCUCUCUUGGCUGCUUCUGCUCCCCAAGUCCAACUAGGCAAAACCAAGCUCAUUGGAAGAGAUGUUACAGGGCUAAAGCAAGACUUCUUUGGAGGUAUUCCAUUCGCCGAACCUCCAGUCGGAGCUUUGCGUUUGGAGCGUCCUGUAUUGAAAACGGACAUCGACGCUGAUGAAUUCGACGCCCGGAAUUUUGGACUACCCUGCCUACAGACCAGCCUUGCUGCCGACGAGAUGUCUGAGGAUUGUUUGUCCAUCAACAUAUUUCGGCCGACGGGGUUGUCUUCUGGGGACUCUUUGCCCAUCAUGUUCUGGACCUAUGGUGGCGGUUUCGCUGGAGGCGCUUCGUCGAACUUCAAUGGAAGCAAUAUCGUUGCCCAGAGUGUUACCAGAGGAACUCCCAUCAUCUAUGUGAACUACAAUUAUCGGGUAGGGCCAUUAGGUUUUCCCCAAGGACAGGAAGCCGAAAGCAGAGGACAGCUCAACCUCGGACUCAGAGAUCAGUUAACUGCCUUGGAAUGGGUUCAGCAGAAUAUUGGCUUGUUUGGUGGUGAUAAAACCAAGGUAACAAUUUUCGGAGAAAGUGCUGGAUCUAUGAUGACGAAUUUGAUGCUUCUAAAUUCGUCGAUUUCCAACUUUGCCUGGGCUGCGAUUUCUGAAUCUGGUUCAGCGUCCUCCCCUGUCAUCUAUAAUGCAUCUGCACGAGAAUCUACCUGGCAAGAUUUUGUUGCAGGGACAACAGGCUGCGAGUCCGUCGCCGGCACGCAGAACACUUUCGGCUGCCUGCAGGCGGCCUAUGCAUUAGCUAUCGAAGAUUUUCCUUUUUAUCCUGUGCUGGACGGUCCUUCGGGUGUUCUUCCCGAUCUGCCUACACAACUCUGGGCGAAGGGCAAGUUUGCCACAAUUCCUUUCAUCUCAGGCACGAACUUAGACGAAGGGACUGGUCAACAGACAAAUCGCAGCUUCACCGAUGAGGACAUCAAGGAUUACAUACAGACCACCUAUUCGGCUUUCCCACCUUACAUCCCUGAUGCUAUCCUGGACCGCUUUCUCGAACUGUACCCUAACGAUCCAUCCUUGGUGGGAGACUUAACCUUUGAUGCUCAACGUCGAACAUGGACACAGGCUGCUGCGCGAGCAGGCGUGAAAUCGUACGGUUAUCAAUUCGCACAGAAUUCCUCGUCUUGGGCGCCCUACUUUGGAGUGACUCAUUCAGCGGAACUAGAAUUUAUCUACGGAGAACUGGAUUCCUCCACUGAGCCGGCUUCGUCGAUCUUGCUGGGUGAAAUGAUGGUCGACUACUGGGUUUCAUUUAGUACGAGCUUGGAUCCCAACGAUGGCUUAGGGACGUCUCGUCCUAACUGGCCACAAUACACACCGGAUAAUGAGGCAUGUUAA